AUGUCACAAGUCAUCCCCAAGAAAGGAAGUUUUAUGUACCUUGGUUUGAUUAUCCAAGGGAACGGGGAGAUCGACAAGGAUGUCACGUAUGGUAUUGGGGUAGGUUGGAUGAAAUGGAGGUUAGCAUCUAACGUUUUGUGUGAUAAGAAGGUGCCCUUGGAAUUUAAAGGCGGGUUCUACCGAGCGGUGGUUAGACCGACCAUAUUGUAUGGAGCAGAAUGUUGGCUAGUUAAGAUUGCCCAUAUCCAGAAGAUGAAAGUAGCAGAAAUAAGGAAGUUGAGGUGGAUAUGCGAUCACACGAGAUUGGAUAAAAUUCAGAAUGAAGAUAUUCGGGCAAGGGUGGGCGUGGCUCCCAUGGAAGACAAAAUGCGAGACGUGAGGCUUAGAUGGUUCAGGCACGUGCAGAGGAGAAGCCUAGAUGCCCCGGUUAGGAGUUGCUGUAUUCUCAUUUCAUUCCCCCAGUGUUCGAAUGCGAAGAUUGUGAAUUGGAACACUGAAAGUCGUGCUCCUUUAAGGAUUCCACUAAUAAAUGGUUGCAUAAUCUUUGAUCCAACAGCAAGCUUCGUUUCUCGUUAG